AGUGUUGCAGGAAGCAUCAAGCCCUGUCCCUCAAGAAGCAAACAGCAGCACUGACAACAAACCCUAUAAAUGCAGCAUUUGUAAUGUUUCUUACAGCCAAAGUUCUACACUGGAAAUCCACAUGAGAUCUGUACUUCAUCAAACGAAGGCAAGGGCAGCAAAAUUAGAGCCGAGCAGUAGUACAUUGAGUGGAAGUAGUAUAGCAGGGAAUGUUAAUAGCCCUAGCCAAGGAUCAGUAGAGUCUACAAGCUUACCAGCAGUUAACAACAAAGAAACUCACCUAGAUGCCAAAGAAUUAAAUAAAAAACAGGCUUCUGAAUUAGUUUCUGCUCAGCCUACACAUCAUCCCCCCCAGUCACCAGCACAACUGCAGAUGCAACUUCAGCAUGAAUUGCAGCAGCAAGCAGCUUUCUUUCAACCACAAUUCCUGAAUCCUGCAUUUUUGCCUCAUUUCCCUAUGACACCAGAGGCAUUGUUGCAAUUUCAACAGCCCCAGUUUCUUUUUCCAUUCUAUAUUCCUGGGACUGAGUUCAGUUUGAGUCCUGAUCUGGGUUUACCUGGUUCUGCCGCUUUUGGUAUGCCUGGGAUGGCAGGGAUGGCAGGUUCACUGCUAGAAGACCUAAAACAGCAGAUGCAAACUCAGCACCAUGUUGGUCAAACUCAGCUACAGAUAUUACAGCAACAGGCACAACAGUAUCAAGCUACACCACCUCAAAUUCAGUCCCAAAAGCAACAGCAGCAACAGACUACUAAGUUGGUAAAAGCAGAGCAAAAUAGUGUGGUAAAUGCAGAAUGCCAGAUGGUGAAGGAUAUGCCCUUAAUUAAGGAAUCUGAAGAGAUUUCUGAGAAACAAGAAAAACCAAAGCAAGAAUUCACAAGCGAUAGUGAAGGGCUGAAAGAAAACAAAGAAAUAAAGAAGCAGAAGUCCUCAGAACCAAUUAUCCCACCACCUAGAAUUGCUUCUGGGGCAAGAGGAAAUGCAGCCAAAGCUUUAUUAGAAAAUUUUGGCUUUGAGUUGGUUAUUCAAUAUAAUGAGAAUAGGCAGAAGGUGCAGAAGAAAAGUAAAACUGGUGAUUGUGAAAAUACAGACAAACUGGAAUGUGCAGCGUGUAGUAAAUUAUUUUCAAACAUACUUAUACUGAAGAGUCAUCAGGAACAUGUUCAUGGUCAGUUCUUCCCAUAUGGUGCACUAGAAAAAUUUGCCUGUCAAUACAGGGAGGCAUAUGACAAGCUUUAUCCUAUAUCACCAUCUUCUCCAGAGCCACCCCCACCUCUCCCCCCACCCCACCCCACCCUCCACCUCUGCAGCUACCAGUAUCUUUAG